CGUCGUUUUGACAUCAAACGUCACAAACGUCAUUUGCGGAAGCGCUCGAUCGUGCUCCAAGAAAAAAACUCGUAAAUUGAAACCGACUGCAAUAGGCACUUGUCGUCAUUAGUGUUAAAUGUUUAAUUGAGCUGUACAUAUUCAGUUACAAAUAAAAAUUUUCGCCUAAUAGAAAAUGGCAACUAAAAAAGCAGUGUGCGUAUUGAAAGGCGACGUUACCGGCACGGUUUACUUCGACCAGAAGGAUGAAAAAUCUCCAGUGGUGGUAACCGGCGAAGUCAGAGGACUCUCCAGGGGUAAACACGGAUUCCACGUGCAUGAGUUCGGCGACAACACUAACGGCUGCACGUCAGCCGGGCCUCACUUCAACCCCGCCAAGGUUGACCACGGCGGCCCGGACUCCGACGUGAGACAUGUUGGAGACCUGGGGAAUAUCGAGGCCAGUGCCGACGGCGGUGUCACUAAGGUGUGCAUCCAAGACGCGCAGAUCUCGCUGGUGGGCCCCAACAGCAUCGUAGGGCGCACGCUGGUGGUGCACGCGGACCCGGACGACCUCGGGCAGGGCGGCCACGACCUCAGCAAGACCACCGGCAACGCCGGCGCCCGCGUCGCUUGCGGCGUCAUCGGACUGGCACAACCCUAGGCGCCCGCCGCCUCAACCCUACCUAUGCCGUGUAUCCCAAUUUGUUGCUAAAAAGUUAGGGAAUUUAUCUGUGGUUAAGGAACCUUUUAGAAUUAACAUCUUCAUAUAAGUAUAUUAGAUAAAAAAUAUAUAAGCUCAUUACUAUAUUCUCAACUGUGGUAGUCAGAGGUACCAGCUAUUACAAGUACCCGCAUUUCACCGAGCUUUAUUUAAUGGCCCCUUUAUUAAAAGUAAUAAUGUUCCUAUUGUGUUAUAGUCUAUAGUAGAAUGUUGAAAUCAAUGGCGAAGAUUCUCCCUUACCAUAUAUUAAAUCCCUUAACUUUUUUGUGCACCAAAUGAAGAAGCAAGGUGUAGUGUUGCAUAAUCUCUCACUCAAGCUCGGGUCUAUAUCGUAUGCUGGGGGUAUUUAAAACAGUGCAUUAUAUAUUUUCACAUAAAUUAUAUUACCUACUAUUAGAGGUUCAAGGGUCUAUCGACUAUCAUAGUUGUUUAUAGCAUUCCCUCAUCAAAUGAGCGAAUGUUUCAACGUUGUAUCUUGUUGCAGGGAACAUCAUAUCAAUGUUUACUGCGAGCGCUUUUAUUGUUUCAAUAAACGUUUUUGGAUUUUC